AGGACCUGAAGAAUGCCAAGAAGGAGUUCAAUACACUGCUGGUGAGACAGAGGGAGGAGCAGGACGCUUUGCAGAAGAACCUGAAUGCAUGUCAGGCCAAGCUGUUCAAUGCCACAAAGGAACUGGAAAAGAUGUCUGAAGUGGCUGCUGAUAACAUCAAACUCAAAGAACAGGUGAUUCAUCUGCAGAAGGAGGUGGUUCUCAUGGGAGAGCUGCAACACAAGAACAGUGAGAAACUCCUGGCAGCCAAGGCACCCAAGGCUUCCCGACUGGAACAUCAAUAUGCCCAGAAAACACUCGUCAAUGAAAUCAAUGGUCUAAACUAUGAGCUCAAGAGGGCGGUGACAGAGCAGGAAAGCUGCAAGGCUCAGCUACGUGAGCAAGCAGAGACCCUAGCAAUCAAGGAGCGUGCAUUGGCUGAGGUGAAGAUGAUCUUGGAAAAGAUGAAGACGAGCCACAAGGAAGAAAUGAAGAGCAUGGAGGAAAAGCAUAGAGCUGCCCUGCGUGUGAACCAGGAUUUGGAGGCACACAGCCUACAGCUGUAUGCAGAGAUAGAAAGGGUCAAAGCCAAACUGAACUCUGGUAAGGGUGGUCAAGCGCGAAGUGAUCUUAGUCAAGGGAGGGUCAAGACCAAACUGAACUCUGAUGGUUCAAAGCCGCAGACGCCCACCUGUCUGAGUGAACCAUUCAGAGAGCGUAUAGGCUCUGACCCGUCCUCCAAAUCAGCCUCCUCACAUAGGAACAUACUGACGCGGAUGACGAGCGUUCCUGCAGUUAGCAACGUCAUAGGAGAGGACUUGGAAGGUCAAAGGUCGAAUUCCGUUCCUAAGGGAAACGAAGCUAAACAUUCUGCAGUUGACGAAGAUUAUCACAUUGUUGGAGAAUUCGAGCAUAGUGCAGAUAUGGGUGCAGUUCAGCAGUCAAGGAAUGAAGAGACGGAAGGAGCUUCCAUGACAUCUAGAGUUUCCAAUAGAGGACAGCAGCAUCAGUUCACUGAUAGGGAAGAUAGUCAUACUGCCUUUUACCCUGGUAACAACACUUCAUACUCUGGGUUCCAUUAAUCACUGAUAUUUGAGAUAGUCGUACUGCCUUGUAUCCUGGUAACAACACUUCGGAUGAUAUUUAUCACUUAUUUAGAAUAAAGACUAACUGCCUUCUACCAUGACAACACCAUUUCUGACUCUGGGUUCAAAUAAUCACUUAUAGUCAAGAAAGCCAUUCUGUAUCAUACCGUGGCAACAACCCUCUAGACUCAGGGUUCCUUUAAUCAUUGAUAGUGUUGCAUGUUUGAGAAAAUCAAGAGUUUUCUACCUUUGGUCAGUGUGUGUGCUAUCCCGUGUAAAUUCAUGUAUUUAAACUCGAGGUCAACGUAAACUCGAGGUUAAGGCAAUGUUUGGAUGUUGGAGUUUGUAUUUUCAUGCCCAUGAUUAUCAUCACACUAGCCUUUAUUUUGUGUACAUUAAGGCAAUAUAUUUGAAGGUCAAUA